CCCACCCGCAGCGGAGGCUGAGCCCGCGGGAGGCUGCCCCAGCCAGCCCACCUUCUUGCGCCCGAGCGUAGGCAAAAGGCGAAGAAAGAUCCCUCCUGCCGGUCACCACUCUUUCUCGCCCUCUCCAAGAUUUUGUUGAAGGAAGCGCUGCGGGAAGAAGACAUCUUCUUGAAUGCUCUGCUAGGGGCGAGGUCUGCCGCUGCCCUGCGGUGCCAGCUCAGCGACACUGCCCCCCGCUACGACCCCUGACCAGUCGGGGUCACGUCCUGGAGACGGGAUCAUGAAGCACUCCGUGGCCGCUUGGCUCUUGGUCUGGCUCAGCCUGGGGAUCCCCCAGUUCUGCAAAGGUGAUAUUUGUGAUCCCAAUCCAUGUGAAAAUGGAGGUAUGUGCUUGUCACAAUUGAAUGGUGAUUCCUAUUCCUGUGAGUGUCCAGAUGGCUUCACAGAUCCCAACUGCUCUAGUAUUGUGGAGGUUGCAUCAGAUGAAGAAGAGCCAACUUCAGCAGGUCCUUGCAUUCCUAAUCCUUGCCAUAAUGGAGGAACCUGUGAAAUAAGUGAAGCGUACAGAGGGGACACAUUUAUCGGCUAUGUUUGUAAAUGUCCCCGAGGAUUUAACGGGAUUCACUGUCAGCACAACAUAAAUGAAUGCGAAGCUGAGCCAUGUAAAAAUGGUGGAAUAUGUACUGAUCUUGUUGCCAACUAUUCCUGUGAGUGCCCAGGUGAAUUCAUGGGAAGAAAUUGUCAAUACAAAUGUUCAGGUCCAUUGGGAAUUGAAGGUGGAAUCAUAUCAAAUCAGCAAAUUACAGCUUCAUCUACCCACCGAGCUCUCUUUGGACUGCAGAAAUGGUAUCCCUACUAUGCACGUCUUAAUAAGAAAGGACUUAUAAACGCCUGGACAGCUGCAGAAAAUGACAGAUGGCCAUGGAUUCAGAUAAAUUUGCAAAGAAAAAUGAGAGUUACUGGUGUGAUUACCCAAGGAGCAAAAAGGAUUGGAAGCCCUGAAUACAUAAAAUCCUACAAAAUUGCUUAUAGUAAUGACGGAAAGACUUGGUCAAUGUAUAAAGUGAAAGGUACCAAUGAAGACAUGGUGUUCCGUGGAAAUGUUGAUAACAACACACCUUAUGCUAACUCUUUCACACCCCCCAUAAAAGCUCAGUAUGUGAGACUCUAUCCCCAAGUUUGUCGAAGACACUGCACUUUGAGAAUGGAACUUCUUGGAUGUGAACUCUCGGGCUGUUCUGAGCCUCUGGGGAUGAAAUCAGGACAUAUACAAGACUAUCAAAUCACUGCCUCCAGCAUCUUUAGAACACUCAACAUGGAUAUGUUCACUUGGGAACCAAGGAAAGCACGGCUGGACAAGCAGGGCAAAGUGAAUGCCUGGACCUCAGGUCACAAUGACCAGUCACAAUGGCUACAGGUGGAUCUUCUGGUCCCUACGAAAGUGACUGGUAUCAUUACACAAGGGGCUAAAGAUUUUGGUCAUGUACAGUUUGUGGGAUCCUACAAACUAGCAUACAGCAAUGAUGGGGAACACUGGACUGUGUACCAAGAUGAAAAGCAAAGAAAGGAUAAGGUUUUCCAGGGAAAUUUUGACAAUGAUACCCACAGGAAAAAUGUCAUCGACCCUCCAAUCUACGCAAGACACAUAAGAAUCCUUCCUUGGUCCUGGUACGGAAGGAUUACACUGCGGUCGGAGCUGCUGGGCUGCACAGAGGAGGAGUGAGGACACCUCGCUCCCCACAACCUCCUUUCUAUUUCCUUAGAAGUAUCUCCAUGGAAUGAACUGUGCAAAACCUGUAGGAAACUGAAUGAGGUUUUUCAUGAAAAGUGCUCAAAUUAUGGUAGGCCACUGUCUUUUUUUAAAAAGGUCUAAGCUUGCUUUUUCAAUGGUUUAAUUUGAUUUUAUUAUUUUAAUUUCUUAACAUCAUAUCUGUGAUUCACUUUCCUCAUUGUUUUGUGAAUUAUUCACAACUGGUUGAAAUAUAUUAGGGAAUGAAAGAUACUUUUGAUAGCAAGAGUAAAAAAUAAUCUCAUAGUAAUCAAAUAAAAGCAAGAGUUAUUAAAGCUUUUAUAAUCAAUACUCAAUUAAUAAUUAUGAAAUACUGCAAUGUUAGCAAUAAGGAUUUUUUUCUUCUUCAGUGACUCUCCAUUACUCUAAAUAGUUCCCUGUGCCUACCAAACACUCAGCAUUUAUAACAGAAUUUUGAAGAUGAAUCUGUUACAUGCA